AUGGAUAACCACACAUCUGAGUUUAUUCUCUUGGAAUUCUCAAAGGUUUUGGAUCUACAAGUUAUGUAUGUAGCUUUAUUCUUGAUACUGUAUUUAAUGACAGUAACAGGGAACCUUCUCAUCAUCACUGCUGUUGGUUUUGAUUACCACCUUCACACACCCAUGUACUUCUUUGUGAUGAACUUAGCCAUGCAGGACAUUGGUUCAGUUUCAGUCAUUGUCCCCAAAGCUGUUUUAAAUUCUCUUAUGAAUAUCAGGCAUAUUUCCUAUUCAGGGUGUGUUGCCCAAGUCCUCUUUUUUGUCUUCUUUCUUGGCUCUGAUGUUGCUCUUCUGACUGUCAUGGCCUAUGAUCGGUAUGUUGCCAUUUGCAAUCCUUUACAAUAUGAAAUGAUAAUGAACAGAAAGGCUUGCUCCAUGAUGGUUGGCAGUGUGUGGAUUGCUAGUUUUCUCAGUGCUACAUUACACACUAUUGAAACAUUUACAACUCCUUUCUGCUCUAAUAUUAUCAAUCAGUUCUACUGUGAAAUCCCACAUUUACUUAAGAUUGCCUGCUCUGAUAGAUAUAUAAAUGAAAUUGGAGUUUUAGUGUUCAAUGCUAUAUUAGGGUUUGGUUGUUUUGUCUUCAUUGUUAUUACCUAUGUGAAGAUCUUCUCUGCUGUUCUGAGAAUUCCUUCAGUUCAAGGAAGAGAAAAGGCCUUCUCCACUUGCCUACCACACCUCACUGUCUUCUCCAUAUUUUUGUUCACUGUUUCCUUUGCUUACCUAAGACCUACUUCUAACAGACCAUCACAUCUUGAUUUUAUAAUUACAAUACUGUAUUCCAUAAUUCCUCCCAUGCUGAAUCCAUUAAUCUACAGCAUGAGAAACAAAGACCUCAAAGCUACUCUAUCAAAACUUCUGUGGUUAUCUGUUUUGAGAAAACCUGGUCAUCAUUAUGCAGAUGAUGAUGAUGAUGUGAAAUUUGAGUCAUUUCCAGAAUAA